AGGCGAUGGAGGACGACGAGGGAGGAGGUGUUGGAGCUUCAAGCACUGUGGUAGGGCUGAUCGAGAAUCGAGCCAAAGAGGUUGGUGUGGCUGCCUUUGACUUGAGGUCGGCCUCACUUCAUCUUUCUCAAUACAUUGAAACUAGCUGCUCAUAUCAAAACACGAAGACCUUGCUACACUUUUACGACCCUAUGGUGAUUAUUGUUCCCCCAGUCAAACUGGCACCAGAUGGUAUGGUUGGAGUGUCAGAGCUGGUGGAUAAAUAUUACACAUCAAACAAGAAGAUCACCAUGUCUCGAGGUUGCUUUGAUGACACAAAGGGUGCUGUGCUUGUUAACAAUUUAGCAGCAAAGAAGCCAUCUGCUCUUGGCCUGGAUACUUACUACAAGCAAUACUAUCUCUGCCUUGCUGCUGCUGCAGCUACUAUCAAAUGGAUUGAGGCAGAAAAAGGCGUGAUUGUUACCAAUCACUCACUGACGGUCACAUUUAAUGGUUCAUUUGACCACAUGAAUAUUGAUGCAACCAGUGUUCGGAAUUUGGAGAUUAUUGACCCAUUACAUAUUGAACUCUGGGGCUCAAGCAACAAGAAGAGAAGCCUAUUCCAUAUGUUGAAAACAACAAAGACAAUUGGCGGAACAAGAUUACUACGUGCCAACUUAUUGCAGCCAUUAAAAGAUAUCAAUACUAUUAAUGCUCGUCUUGAUUGUUUGGAUGAGCUAAUGAGCAAUGAGGAGCUAUUCUUUGGUCUAUCUCAGGGCCUACGUAAAUUUCCAAAAGAAACCGAUAAAGUACUAUGCCAUUUCUGUUUUAAGCCAAAAAAGGUCACAGAUGUGGUUCUAAAGCCAGCCAAUGGUAGAAAGAGUCAAAUGCUAAUAUCAAGCAUCAUCAUUCUCAAAACUGCUUUAGAUGCUCUUCCUUUCCUGUCUAAGGUGCUGAAGGAUGCCAAAAGUUUUCUCCUUUGCAACAUCUAUAGGUCUAUCUGUGAAAAUCCAAAGUAUGAAGAAAUGAGAAAGAGAAUUGCAGGUGUCAUUGAUGAGGAUGUAGUGCAUGCCAGAGUUCCUUUUCUUGCCUACACUCAACAGUGUUUUGCAGUCAAGGCUGGUGUGGAUGGCCUACUUGAUGUUGCUCGGCGUUCUUUUUGUGAUACUAGCGAAGCUAUACAUAACCUUGCAAACAAGUACCGCGAGGAAUAUAAGCUGCCAAACUUGAAGAUACCCUUCAAUAAUAGACAAGGAUUUUACUUUACUAUUCCACAAAAGGAUGUAAACGGAAAACUUCCUGGAAAAUUCAUACAGGUCAUGAAACAUGGGAAAAACAUUCAUUGCUCAACCUUUGAACUCGCAUCUCUAAAUGUUAGAAAUAAGUCUGCAGCAGCUGAAUGCUUUAUGCGCACAGAGAUUUGUCUAGAAGCACUUCUGGAAGUCAUAAGAGAGGAUAUCUCUCCAUUAACAUUGCUUGCGGAGGUCCUGUGCUUGCUAGACAUGAUUGUGAAUUCAUUUGCACAUACAAUAUCCACCAAGCCUGUUGACCGCUAUACAAGACCAGAGUUCACAGAUAAUGGUCCUAUGGCAAUUGAUGCUGGAAGGCAUCCCGUUCUAGAAAGCUUGCAUAGUGAUUUUGUUCCCAACAAUUUGUUUCUUUCUGAUGCAUCAAACAUGAUUGUUGUCAUGGGGCCAAACAUGAGUGGGAAAAGCACUUACCUUCAACAAGUUUGCCUGAUAGUUCUUCUUGCGCAAACUGGUUGUUAUGUUCCUGCUAGAUUUGCCUCUCUGAGGGUGGUUGAUCGCAUGUUUACCCGUAUAGGCACAGGGGACAAUGUUGAAUACAACUCUAGCACUGUAUGUUGCCUUGAAGCUUUAUUUCCAUUUUUCUUGGAGUUCCUAUCUACUUCGAUUCAUUAUUGCUGGAUUUUCAUAGUGAUGUGUGGGUAAUCUCAAUAUUUCCUCAAUUUAUUUCCUUCUUUCUCUAUAUUAGCAAUGCUACUAUUUUUAU